GGGAAAAAGGAGAGAGCCGUUUCCCGUCAUGCCCCGGGCGCAGGCUUCUUUGCCGGACUCCAUUUCCCGGCGUGCUUUGGGAGGAGAGCGCGCCGUCGUGAAGUCACGUGUACAAACGGGCCUCCCUAGUCCGCCUUCUCCCGCCGGCGGGACCAGCAUGGAGGGGCAAGUGCUCCGGCACCGGGCUCUCUACAAGGCCGCCCCGACGCCCCCUUGGAGGGACACCUUCCGGCAGCGCUGCGUCACGAGGCUGAAAAGCAGCCGAGCCAGGCUGCUGGAAAGAUACCGCCAGCUGGGAGAAAAUGUCGUCUGGAAAGGAAGCGAUGCCUCUUUGGUGCAGGAGGUGAUGGAGGUGGAAUGGCAAGCCCUACAGUCGGCGGAUGUUCUGCUGCCAUCCCUCGAAAAGCAAGAUGCUUUGCCUCAGGUUCUAGAAGAUGCCGAACAGGCAGUUUGGGAAGAAAUCCAGCAAGAGCUGAUCAUGCAAGACCAGCUGGCCCUGGAAGAAUAUGAGCGAAGCCUGCAGUUUGACGAGGAGUGCCUCAAGGCGAUGGUGGACGGCUUAGACGCAGAGUGCCAGGUUAUCUGCCCCGUUUGUAGGAGGUACAAUCUCACCGUGAGAAGCUGCUCGGUGGUGUGUCUGUGUGGAGUGUGCAUCGCAACUCAGGAUAUGACAGAGGAGAAGCUGAGGGCGCUGCUGGAAGACAGCGUAACGGAACACAGCCACCACUGCUGGUUCCAGCCUGACUUUGCCGUAACUAGUGGAGCAGAAGGACAACCGUCUAACCUCCUGAUGAGCUGCCAGGUCUGUGAUACCUGGACCGUCAUUUUGUAGCCUUGCCGGCUCUGUUAUCCCAUCUGUAAAAAUCGAUGCAACGAUGAGAAUUUCUUCCUCUCUUCAGAGAAGUAUCUUGAGAACAAACACAUGUGUGCGUGCCAUAUACACUGUGUAUAUAACUGUAAAAAGCAUCCUUUGUUUAUAUAUAUUUUUUUAUUUCAGCAGCUCCAUGCUGUUUUGUGCAUACUGUACUACCCAGCCGAAUAAAAUUCCCUUUUAAGUUAAGAGGUUGGAUUCUAGA